AUCAUGCCAGAUGCCAUGCUAUGAACGGUCAAGCCUAAGCUGUUUAGAGUGUAACGGAUGUAAUUUUAAAGUCCAAAAAAUUCUCGUAAGAAAUUUGUAAACAUGACCGACAACAAAAAUGAUAAGACGAAAGUCGAUCUCGGAUUGCUCGAGGAAGACGAUGAGUUUGAAGAAUUUCCUGCGGAAGAUUGGACCGCAAAGGAUGAAGAUAGCGAUGAUAUCAGCGUCUGGGAGGACAAUUGGGACGAUGAUGACGUUGAAGAUGACUUCAAUCAACAGCUGAGAGCACAACUAGAGAAGCAGAAGGCUACAAAUGAUGCACCCAAGAAAAAUUAAUUAAUUUGUAAU